GGCAUCGAUGCUUAGGUACCGAGCAAAACAGCAUCACUAGUUUGGUCAUAGAUUAUAUUUGAUUAUAGAGCCAGUACAUAAAUAAACUAAGGGUAAAUAAAAUACUUCAAACAAGAUUCCUUCUUAGUUUCAAGGAACAUAAGUUCAGUAAAAAGCGAAUACUAACUCGUGGAACAAUGGUAGUUAUGAAACUUUCAUCAUGAGUAUCUAAAUGCAAGAAUAUAAAUUAUUUAUAUCGAAUGAGACAAGUGCUUCGUGACAAUACAGUUUCCAUGUUUUGGGAUCAUGUUUACCGUAAUCGGCAUAUCAUGCAAGAGUUUCAGGACACUGAAGUGCACAAAACUAGUGUCUCGGUGUUCGUAGCGCUGUUUUAUCUAGAAAUGUUAUACAUAUUGAUCAUGACUUUAUCUAUAUUACAUAGGUUGAAUCAAAACAUUGCUUCAUAAUAUUUAAAAGUAGAUGAAAUGAAAUAAAAAUGUCUUUAGUAAUGAAUUUGAGUAGUCCUAGAAGAAGACUGUAUCUCAGCAAAGACGGCAAUGGAGUCUAUAUAGACAACUGUAAUCUACCACAGCACCAAAGAGAUGGAAUUAGAUUUAUUUACAGACAAUUUGAACUGAAAAACCCUGGUAUAAUAUUAAAUGAUCCAUCAGGUUAUGGAAAAAAAUUACAAGUUGUCUUAUUCAUAAAAGCAAUACGACAUGCUCUUGAGGACUCGGUGUUGAUCAUCUGCAAUGAUAAUGAUGCAGUCAUUUGGCUGGAACACUUCAGGGAGUGGACUGAUUUCUAUGAUGAAGUGUGUAUUGAGAAUUUUAAUCCUUACAAGAAGAGGUUUGUUUUUAUAAACACCAUGCAGAAUCUUCAAGCAUUCACCAGCCGACAGAGAAGUGUCAUUAUAAUUGACAACGAUAUCAUCACAAAGGAAAUGUUGAAGCUUUCAUACAGAUGCAACUUCAAAAUAUGGAUGACAUCCGUAGAAAUGAAAAAAAAUCUAGAACUAUUCUCUGGUGUAUACAGUUGGUUAUUUCCAAAAGAAAAAGUGGAAAUCGAUAAAUUCAAAAUCAAUGAUGGUGAUGCAUCUGAUUACGUAACCAAAACGAUACUUUUUGAUGCUUUCACCGAAGAGUUUUUGAAGAGGAGUGAGGAUUUCUUAAUGCCUUUUUCUGUUAAUAAGAAACCUAGUACUUCGGUCAAACAAUCAAGAAAGAGAAAGGACAUAACUGGUACUAAAAUAAAACGUACUAAACGUGCAAUUAUAGAUGAUGAUGAUGAUGAUGAUGAUAAUUAUAUUAAAGUAAAUAGUGAUAUUAAACAUAAUAAUGCUGAUGUAACAAAUAAGAAUGAUAAUAGUAAGAGUGAAAAUGGUGUUAAUGAUACUGGAGAUCAAUUAAAAAUGGACGUUGAAACGUUCAGAGAACCAUGUUCCGAAAUGAAAGUACCCGAAUUGUGUGAUAAGAUUGUUAAUAAUAUGGACUCGGUAGAUCUGUUUGAACUCGAUGAAAUGAUAGGUUUUAAUAACAUUAGUUAUAAUGAUGUAAAACAAGCGAUUAUAAAUGUAGAAAGUGAUUUAGUGAAUGAUGAUCAAAUAAAAAAUAUUGAAUCUGAAACUAAAAACAGUUGUAAUCUACUUUUAAAUAAGGUAGAUAAUACAAAUAAAGUAUCAGAAAAUACAGUAGAUACUACAAAUAAAGUAUCAUUAAAUAAAGACGAUAAUGAAGUAAUUGAUGAUCAUAAAAUGAGUGUAGAAGAAUCUGAAGUUGACGAUCCAAAUGACAGUACACAGAGUCACAAAAGUAUAGACACGAUAAUGAAGGAAUACGAACAUAAAAUAUACGACAAAUUCAAAGGCUCGCUGCUGGAUAGUUUAUUUUAAAAAUAUUUGUUCUAUCUGUAUCGUCGGUGAUUCAAUAGUGAGUUCUCGUUUCAAUAGAAGCUGUUAUUCGAUUUAAAGAUUUUAUUUGUCGUUUUGCGGCACACAAAUUGUACGCAUAGUUUUUGUGACCGCUUAAAACCAAGUGCCUCGUCCUGUGCCCGCUUAAGCCAAUAAAAAAAAAACAGUUCUAAAAAUAAAAUUGACGAUAUUCUUCUUUUAACCUCUUCUGAGCAUUGGUUUUCGAACGCGCAAACUUUUACCAUAGUAUAGUCCAAAAAAUGACAAUUAAUUAAGAUAAGCUUGUGCACAGUAAACCCAAAGCUGAAGGAUAUUUCCGUUUGAUUUUAUGUAUUUUAAAAUAUUAACAUUUUAAACUUUUCAUCGGUGAACAGAAGUGGGAAAUUCGAUGGGACUGUCAUUCAAUAAAUUGCACUAGUUAGAAUAUUCUAUGACAGUACUUUUUUUUAAUGUCAAUUGGGUAUUUUAUUUUAUGAAAAAUCUUUACUAUAUCUUAUAGACUAUAAAGGACAACCACGCCAUCCUUACUUGAUUGAUGAAUAAUAAUUUUUAUUUAUUUAUUGAUGAUGGUUUUAGAAAUGUCGUAUGUUUUUUUUAAUCGUUUUUCAGUUUUCCAAAAUUACUAAUAUAUUAUACACAUAAAUUAUUUAAUUCAUAUAAUUCAGCAAACCAAAACUGAAAAACAAUAACCGAACUUUUCGGAGUGGUUCCACGUGACCAAUAAAUGUCAACUUUCUUUUUCAUCAUCAUCUUCACCCACACAAUUAUUGCAUUUUUUAAUUAUCAUAUUUUAUUACGAACAAUGGCGACUGUUAGCCUCAUACUUCGAUCCUUGGAUUUAGAUAAAUCAAUUAAUGCAUUAACAGAUAUAUUAAUGAAAUAAAACAUGCGUUUUUUAAAAGGUAUAAUUAAUUUAAGUACAUAAUGUAAUGUUUGCAAUUUCUUUUUUUUUUCAUUCCUUUGACUACGGAAAUAAAGUAUUUGUAUUGUUUUUAAUUAAGUUAUGUAUUUUAAUUUGAUGAGUAGCAAAUAUAAUGUACAGAAUUUUUUAAGAUCAUAUUUGUUAGUAAAAUUCGUUAUGUUAUAACAUUUAAGUUAGUAGAUUAAAAAUGCAAUACAUAGUUGAAUAAUUUUAACAUAGUUUUUGAUAAAUUUUUUUACUAAUUUGUUAUCUACAAAACAUGCUAUCUCUGAAUGCCUAAAAUAAGGAAAUUAUUAUAAUUAUUGGACGUUUUUCCGUUUUCAAAUCAAUUUGACAAAAAAGCAAUUUUUAGUAUUAUGUAAUUGAAUUUUAAGUAUUUAGUUUUAUGAAAAUAGUUUUGUCUCACAUUUUUUUAUUAGUACUUAGGGCAGUGAUUCUCAAAUUAUAUUUCUCACACCAAUUUCCCAUUAAAAUUAUUAUUACAAUGAACUAUCUAACUUGUAAUUAAUCAUUUCAUUAAUAUACUGUUUGUAAAGUUUACAGUAUUUUAAAUUCAAUACUAUUAUUAUAAUAUUUUCUACUUUAUAUGUGUCAUUAUAGAUAAAUAAACAAUGUUUAAACUUAUCUUCUCCUUUGUGUGCUGUCAAAAUUUGAAAUUGUUACAACAGUACUGUAGUGACAAAAAACGUUUGAGAACACUGGAUUAUUAUGUCGAAUGACGCGUGACGACAUUUCAAUCCUUGGAAACACUGAACUGCACUUGUGAUUUUUAAAUACAAAUAACAGAGGAGAAAAUUAAACUGUACUUAACUCUUUUUGCUAUUGCAUAUAUAGAUAAUGAAAUAAAUUUAUUUUUUACGAAAUAAAUUACCAUGAAUGCAUUAUUUCUAAUUUAAGUAUAAUACGUACAUAGAAAAAUGUACUUGGUCGCAAUUAUGUCAAUACCAAUUACAAUUGUGAAUCUUCUUCAGUAACUGUCAUUCGGAUCGUAAUCAAGAUUUUUUGUUGUUCUUAGUGAAUAGCCAAACUCUCGGGCCACCUGGCGUUAACUGGUUACCGGAGCCCAUGCCUACAACGAAAACCACAACUUAGAAAUUUUGGGUUGAAGUCCUAAUACAUAACGUACCUGAUCUUUCACCACAGAAAUUGUGAUUACGCUGUAGCAAAAAUAAAUAGGGAUAAGCUUACGUUGUAGCAAAAAUAAAUAGGAGAGACGUGCCUACCCACCCGGGGUAUAAAUUCUUAGAAGCGCAACUCUAAAUGUCAAUCGAAAAUUCAAUCUUAAGCACAG